AUGGCUUCUACUUCUCUUCGUGCGGUGACACACCGCUUGACGACUACACCAGUUGAUCAAUUGCCCCAGAUCGCAUCGUUUCUUGCGACAUCAUUGAGCGAUUGCGGGGAGCUCCUCUCUACGACACAGAACCAGAAGACGGGCAAGUCUGAGUCUGACAAUGCUGUGCAGAUUCAUAAGCUCAAGACUCGCCUCGCCAGUUUGCUUCAGGACAGGAGCAUUGAGGGCCGGUGGACUGCAGUCGUGCUGGUCAAGGCGACGGUGGAAGCUGGACAAUGGGAGGUUCUUCGUGGAUGCGAACCACUCGUGCGCAGCCUCAUUGCGAUUCUGAAUAAAUCAGAUCCUGUUUCUACGAAGAAAAUGAGCAUCAUCACCUUGACCCGGAUCUUUCAUCUUACCUACCAGUACCCUACCCUCGUAAGGGAGAUCACGACCCCUUCCCUACCAGGGUUCAUUACGUCGUCCUUGAACCUCAUCUCGGUUAAGCCAUCAUCCGAACCCAUCAGAAAGUUGAAGCCGAACACCCCGUUCUUGGAGAUCGUCCUGAGCGCCUUUUUGGAGCUAAUUGCAAGACACCCCACGAUCUUCCGCCCAUUCUCCGCUCAGCUACACAGCCUUCUCCAGGCGAUUAUUGGCGCAACGGCUCCGACGUUCUCUGGCUCGGUUUUGGACCUGGCGGAACAGCUGUUCAUUGCCCUUCACAAUUGCGCCCCGAAAAAUACCCACGCAGAAGAAUGGAAGAAUGCUAGCCGGAUGGUCAUUGCUUCUAUCCAUAGGACCGCAGAUUACGUCUUCAGAGGUGUUGUGGAACAGUGGGAGUCUGUCGAUGCGAGUGUGAGACAGGCCGGCCAAUCUCAGGAUUACAGCCGGGUGGUGGCCGAUGCGGGACCAGAUUCGCUGGGACUUGCCGGUUGGGAGGGCAUUCAUGCUGGCGUGGAACGAUUGACAGUUCUCUUGCGCUUACUAUCUCGCAUAUUGGCUGCACCCACGGCCUCAACCGUAACGAUCCCUCUGGGGUCGAUCCUCGAUCUGACCUCGCGGCUGAAUUCGACCACUGUGCCAGCUCCCGGUGCGGAUGUCCCUGUCAAUCUCCAAAUUAGCCGAGAGGAGAGAGAUGGUCUCUGGGCCGAGCUCCCUCGCAUCCACGCCGUGGGCAUGGAACUUCUUCUCUCUGUCGUCAAUGCCCUUGAAACUGGCGUCGUUUCGGUCGGACAGACCAUUCUUGAACAGACGCUGUGGGUAUACCGGGCAGAGAAAUUCAACAAGGAGAUCCGCAACUCUGUAUAUGACCUUCUCCAUGCAUUGCUACCUCUAGUGGGCCCUUCAACAACAAAGAAGAAUGUGUCGUCCUUGACCGACAUCAUCCGAUCUUGCUGCUAUGACCUGCUUCCGCCAGCUGGUGAUUCGAACGCAUCCAGUGCACCUUCGUCCGAUUCCAAGGGCAAGUCAAAGACGAACCAAGCCACAGUGAACGCCGACUCGUUCUUGAACCCGACUUCCAAAAACCGGCAGGUCCAGUCCUCGGCUUCUUUCGACGGAUUGAAACAAUCUGCGUCGGACUUUCUCCCCGUCGUUCUCAAUUUUGUGCCGACCCACUUCCUGACUACCUCUCUGCGUGCCGAGAUCGAUCGGACCGCUAUCCUCACCUCGGACAAGAACGCAAUGCUCGCCAGCGUUCUCAACCCCGUUCCGGCCUUGAAGGGUCGUGGCGUGGGGUCCAGCAUCAUACCGUUCCUGGUUCAGGGCUACGCCGCCGAGAUGGAGGUCGAGACCCUUAUCCGGCCCAGGAUGCCUGUUUUGAUGAAUGCUCCCCAUGUCAACGGGUACGGAAGCAUAGUCGACGACGAGGACGAAGAGCAGGACGAGCACCAGGCUGUUCCUGUGCAGCACGGGAACGCCGAGCUAACCGGAUUCCUCAAAGCGACGGCUACCCCUAUCUUGCCCAGCAACACCGCUCCUACAGACUCGGGCAGGAAAUCUCCCACAGCCUUGAACAAGCGGGGUCUUCCCGAAGAAACCAAGCCUUCUCCGUCCACAGUGCCCACAUCCAAGCUGACCGGCUCGCGAACCGUGGACGUCCAGGCUAAGAAGGCCCGUCUCGACACGGACACGGUUUCCGCCCAGCCCUCCCUCGGCAGGGCUUCCCCGGAUUCCUCCACGGUCACGGCUACCUCGGCGCCGAUGCCGAUGAGCGCCAUCCAGACGUCUACGGGAGUAGCGGAUGUAUCCAUGUCUGGGACAUCAACGGCGCAGACAGGUGCAACGGCCGUGGCAGCCAGCGAGGAUGAGAGUGACGAUGAGAUCCCGGCGUUGAACAUGGAGUCGGAUACCGACGACGAGGACGAGGAGAUGGAUGACUGA